AUGGCUUCCAUCUCCCAAGUCCUCCUUUUGGCCAUCGUAGGCCUGUCAGUCACCUCCGCCACUCCGGUGGUCCAGCAACCGGGCAGUGCGCAGUUCACCUCGUCCAUGACCCGAUUCCUGGAGGCCUUCAGAAGCAUCAUGCCCUGCGGCUUCAACGGCAUCCCGGUGCUGGCCCCCUUAGAGACACCCUUCUACGAGUUCGAGUACAUCAGCGACGACUACACUGUGGUGGGAAAUGUGUCCAACAUGCGCAUCGAGGGACUGGACGGCUUCCAGGUACUGAGUGCCAGCGAUUACGGAAAGACGGGCGAAGCCGCCUACGACCUUCUCUUCCCUAAGAUCCAAUUCCUUGGCUCCUCCGAUGUGGAGGGGUUCAUCAACAUUGGCGGCAUCAAGGUUCCCAUUCGCCAGAAGGCCGUGAUCAACGAGGCCCUCAUCGACCUCCGCUUUGUGGGAAGCUACUCCUUCGCCAAUAGUCAGACCAACUCGUCCGGCCUCCGCAUCAUCGACUUCCAGCAGUCGGUCUACCUGGCGGGCGUGCGAAUGGACAACAGGAACACACUCUGGAACAUCUCCACCAACAACUUCUGGAACCGUGUGAUGAACACAUAUGCGCCCUUGGCUCUCCAGGAGAUGCAGCCCGGUCUUACCAACUUCUUGUACCAGAACUACAUGAUUCCCAAGAUCAACGACUUGCUGGCCAACGUGAGCAUGGCGGAGUUGGUGGAUUACUACCAGACCCUAGCUCAGGCUUUCGAGAAUGCCAACUGCAAGGCUUGA